AUGGCGGCCUCCGCUGCAGUUCGCUCCAGCAUGGGGCUGACUUUGAGACUUUCGCGAGGUAUACCAGACUGUAUCACAUAUCCCCUUUCCAGGUUAAAGACCUGUAUGUCUUAUUUAAAAAGGAAAAACUCCGCGGAUGGUUUCCGCACCACCAAUCGAUACUUACAGACGAGUAUAGGUUUGUACCACAGCGAGGAGAACAGUUCCGAUGAAGACAACGCAGAAGACGUGGUUAAUGUGGUGUAUAUAGACCGGUCCGGCCAGAGGAUCCCAAUUAAAGCCAAAGUGGGAGACAAUGUUUUGUAUUUGGCUCACAAGAAUGGAAUAGAACUCGAAGGGGCAUGUGAGGCAUCCCUGGCCUGUUCAACAUGCCAUGUGUAUAUAAGCGCCGACCAUCUUGACACACUGCCCGAACCCCUCGAGAGGGAGGAUGACAUGCUGGACAUGGCGCCCAUGCUCCAGGAAAACUCCCGGCUGGGAUGUCAGAUCAUUCUCACUCCAGAGCAGGAGGGCAUGGAGAUAACUUUACCCAAAGUUACUAGGAACUUCUAUGUGGACGGCCAUGUUCCCACACCUCAUUGAGAAGACUAGGAAAAGGCGGGAUCACUACAAACUAGACGCCAUGCAUAAGGAAGGAAAUGCAUGGCUUUUGGGAAGUCCGUAGCAACUCCCCCUGAAGACCCUGACUAACAAAUUAAGUGUUUAUGAGGUGGGGCCGCAGAUGAGAUCAGGCAGUCGGACUCUCUCAGACCACAAUGAAAUCAAUGGUUACAUCUAAAACCUGCCUAUUUAUUUAUGUGCAAGGUCCUCAGGCAAGCUCAAUCGCACAAUGUUCUUUGUUAAAACAAGAUUUCUGAGUCCACCUUUUACAAGGGAGUAUCAGGACCACACUGAAAAGGAAAAAAAUAGUACAAAAUAGUACAAAUACUUGUAUGUGGUAAAGUUAUAGGAAUUAAAUAAUGUUAUGAGGCGAGAAUAAAGCCAAAAUACAGUAGACCGAGAGGCUAAAGCUUCUUCCUGCUGGAAAAUGUUAAGUGAAUUACUUAUGAGACAGCGCCCUCUGCUGGAUUCAUAGAAGCAUCUCACAUUUUCCCCUGCAGAUCAAAACACUUUCUAUUUAUGUUACCAUUAAAAAAAAUAAUUUGUCACAAUUUCAAGCAGGGAAAUAAUUAGCAAAUAUGCAUGGGAGCAAAUGCCAAACCGCAACAAGGCAGGCAGGAAUCUUUUGUAUUACGAGAAAAACAUUGUCAUAUGAGGAGAAAAAGUAAAUGUCCGAAUACCUACACAAACGCAAAAGCAUCAGAUGCUGUUCUCUGGAGCAGUGGUUCUUUGUAGUCACAACCUCCUUUAAGGAUGCUGUGAAAGUGAUGGACCCCCUUCCCCAGAAAUAUUCACAUAAAACAACUUUACAAUGUGUAUAAUGUACUUUACCAAGAUUUAAUGGUCUCGUGCAUAUGUUAUAUACACAAUAAAAAAAUGAGGGUCAUUCUUUAUAAUCAUGAAAUUGUCCAUUUUUAAAGGCUACUUUGGCUCUCAAACUACUAAUGUAAGUGUUGUGAGAGUUAAUAUUACAACUAUAUUCUUCAAAUUCUAGCACUUUGUCUUUUUUUAUUUUCAGUGUGGCCCUAUAAAUACUCCUUUUUUAUGCUGAAUGGAACAUUCCAUGUUACAGCUCAUACGCACAACUAUCGCUACACAAUGCUCUUUAUCAUUUCACUGUCACAACCUUUAUCAUCACGUUUCACUUGUCAAAUAUGAACUAAUAUUGCGCAUUUCUUUUAUAUUUGUAGUGCUUGUGGCUGCUGUCAAUGGAGUCCAACUCCUGAAUCACUAUAGACAUUUCAAAACACAUCCGAGUGGAAGUGUAAAGUCAAAACUUGCUCACAUUAUAAGGAGACUUUUCUGAGCGGUCAGCGCAAAUGAAGGUUUUGUUAAUAUACAGGUGGUCUUCGGGUUGCAAACGGCUUCCGUUGCUACAUAUUUUAGUGUAAGUCGGAAGUCAUACCUAAAUGAACACUUAAAUCCCUCAUGUUGCACACAGAACACAUGGACAUAAAAUACAGUAAUUUAAUGAAACAGUCAUUUUUUAAUAAAGAACAAAAACUGUCGCUCUCAUAGGAGCAAAUCCUUUAACAUACUCAAGAAUACUGUAGCAACUUGGCAGUUAUGUGUAAUGUUUAAGAGUUUUGCGAUUUCUGACACUGAAGUCGUGAAUGUGGCAUGAGUCCUGACUGUGUGCGUGUGGGCCGAGGAGGCUGGCUGCGUGCAGAGAAGACGGUUGAUUUUGCUGAGGUUGUUUUGGCGUGGUUCGGCCAACAGUAGCCUCUUUUGUUUUUGCAGUAAGGAGAUUGUCAGACCACCUCCUCUAGUAGACGUUACAAUAUGAUUUAUGCUUAGCGAUGGUCGCGUGCGGUCGAGCGGUUUAGUCAAGUGCGGCCAAUACUGAGCACAUUGUGUAUUCUUCUGCGGCGUGCUGUAGCUAGUUUUCGAACGAGUGACUUGUUUACAGACCAGAAUUAAGUUUUGAAUUAAUUUACGGGAGCACAUUCGUAAUCACAAAACAUCGUAACGCGGAACAAUGUAAACCGAGGACCACCUGUAAUGUGGUUCAGAGCAGCUCCAUGUUAGCAUUGCCACAUCAAACCCAUUUAUUUAAUUCUACUGUACCUGUUCAACUUACGCACACAUGUAAGUCACUUAUAUAUGUCAUAAUGUGUCCUUAAAAUGGCAAGUAUUUAAAAUUGUGCAAUAAAGUACAUUUUAAAGCUGUUUGAAUACCAUUUUUCUCACCUUGAAUACAUGAUGUUAUUUUGCCCAACAGUUCUACGUUGUUAUACAAAUAAAUAUAUACUUUUUUUUGUCUUG